UUCGGGAGGACCUGGAGUGGAUGGGGUGGAAGCCAGUGGAGACCACGUACUCGUCAGACUCGUUCCAGCUGCUGUAUGACAUGGCCGUCAAGCUCAUCGAGGGGGGGAAAGCGUACGUCUGCCACCAGACCAAGGACGACAUCUUCAAGUGCCGGGAGAUCGCCAAGGUCAACGCCGCGGACCCCAACGCCAACGCCGGCGACCCGUGCAGCCCCUGGAGAAACAGGCCUGUGCAGCCUCUGAAGUAA